GGAAAAUGUCAUAAUUAUAAGAAUCGAUACUACUCGAUUAUGUUAAUUUUACAUGUUUGGCACUUCCCUCGGUCUUUGAAUCGCUGCAGCGCGAAAAUAUCCCAGAAAAAAAUACGGUUCUGAAAGGUGCUGCAGGCAGUGCAUGUGCCAAGGGGAUCUUACUUUGUCGUUUAUUUAUUUUGUAAUGGGCCCAUCUAGCUUGAUUAUAAUCAGCGGUUAAUUUGUGCAAGGCCGCUUAAUUUAUAGCUAACUAGAAAUGUGAAGGGUCAAUUACCAUUCAGAUCAGACGUCGUUAAAUAGAGGUUAGCGGGCUUGGUAGGUCCAUAGUUACCCAAGUAGUAGUAUACCUAUACCAAAGGAAAGAAGACUGAAACGGCUUCCAAAAUGGGAGAUGAAAAAGUGCAAAUGCGGAAACAGUUAGGGCUCCUAGAGGGGGUGGCAAUAAUAUUGGGGAUCAUAUUUGGCAGUGGUAUUUUUAUAACUCCUAAAGAAGUCUUGGAGAAAACUGGUUCGGUAUGGGGAUCUCUGACGGUGUGGACCCUGUGCGGAGGCAUGGCGACGCUAGGAGCUUUAUCCUAUGCAGAAUUGGGGACUACACUGCUGCAGAGUGGUGGCGACUACCACUACAUCAAUGAAGCCUAUGGACCUUUGCCUGCUUUUCUGUACCUUUGGGACGCUAUCUUCGUGUUUGUCCCAAGCACGAAUGCAAUCAUGUCGCUGACGUUUGCGAACAACAUCCUGAGCCCAAUAUUUCCAACGUGUCCCAUCAAUCAAAUGGCUAAGAAGCUGUUAGCUGCCGUCACUAUAUGUUUCCUGACUUUCAUAAACGCUUACAACGUGAGGUUCACAACUCGGCUACAGAAUGUGUUUAUGUUCACCAAGAUCACGGCUCUCGUCAUCAUAAUAGGCGCGGGGAUCAUUUACAUUUGUAAAGGAGGAACUGAGCACUUUGAAGAUGGUUGGGAAGGGACUGCAACAUCGGCUGGAGAUUGGUCUGUGGGCAUAUACUCUGGAAUAUUUGCUUACUCUGGAUGGAACUACUUGAACUUCAUGACGGAAGAGCUAAGAGACCCGUACAAGAACCUGCCCCGAGCCAUCUACGUGUCCCUGCCUCUGGUGACCAGUAUCUACCUGCUAGCUAACGUGUCCUACCUGGCUGUGCUUGGGCCUAACGGAGUGAGGGCCACCGAAGCCAUCGCUGUGGACUUUGCGAUCGCGAUCCUCGGCUUCAUGCGGUGGGUGAUGCCCGUACUGGUUUCCAUGGCGACCAUGGGCGGGCUGACGGUGCACAUCAUGACGUCAUCGCGCAUGUGCUUCGCGGGCGCUAGGAAUGGACACAUGCCUGAGCUUCUGGCGCAUAUCAACAUGAAAUCUAUGACGCCGGUGCCCUCGCUUAUCUUUCUGAUGCUGGUCUCGCUAGUGAUGCUGAUCCCCGACAACUUGACGACGCUGAUCACGUACUGCACCGUAGUGGAGUCGUUCUUCACCACGCUUAGUUGCAGCGCCGUGCUGUGGCUGCGGUACAAGAAGCCCGACCUGCCGCGCCCUAUUAAGGUCCAGACGUGGAUCCCGGUGACGUUCGUGGUGGUGUCGACGAUCCUGAUGGUGGUGCCCAUUCUGAGCGAGCCAGUAGCGGUGGUGGCGGGCGCGCUCAUCACCUUCGCCGGCGUGCCCGUCUACUGGGCGUUUGUGCGCGCCAAACCGCGCGUCGUGCGCGACUUGUCCACAAAAUUCACACACACAUGCCAAAAAUUGUUCCUGUCGGCGGUCGAAGAAAAAGAUGACUAAAGCGUAUCAUUAAGAUCUGAAAACUGCUAAAGGAAUCUCACAGGAAUCUGCGGUUUAUAAGGUUUUUCGUUUUAUUUUUAUGAAUAGUUACAGUAGAUGUACACUGGUCAAUCUGGUCAUCACAAAAACCGACCAUCCCGCGACAAGGACUUUCAAACGUAUGCAUUUCCACUUCUCACAAAUGGUGGCACCAUUUGAAAGCCUAGUUCUAAAGUUCAUUUCAUUAAAAGAAAGGUUUUUACCCCAAAAAUGUGUAUUUAGAAGGAUCCAGAGUCACUUCUUCAAAAAAUGGGUAGUUAGGCUUGAGCCAACUUUUAUGGUUUUAAUACUGUUAAGUUGGGAUUAAUCGCUAUCCAUCUGUUAAAGAGGACACGCGAGAUCAUUAUUUGGUUUUAUAACCAUAAAAAUUGGUCUAAUUGAUCCCAGAGGUGAGCCCAAAGUUAGGUCUUUUUUCAAGUCACAUUUAUUGUAUGUUUCAAUAUGUUA